AAAUAUUUAUGUAUAUUUUAAUCUUAUUGUUGUACUACACACAUUGCAAUGCUGGAGAAACGUGAAAAAUGAAAAGAUAAAAAAAUUAUUUUAAAUGGAACAAAGAUAGCAUUCUUUGAUAAAUGGCAUUUUCAAACUACUGGAAAAAGAUUAGUUCCCUUUGUUCAUGGCUCAUCUUCCUACAGGAUCGUAGUAUGAAAUGAACUCUCAUAGAUCAAGAAGUCAUACAUUAUAUAUUGCAUAGACAAGUUGAUAUGUACCAUUAAAUCCAUGUGAUUAUGUCAAGCUAGUGAAGUUGAUUUCACACUCGUACUACCUUAGCUUUGAUGGAAGCCAUCACGGCAUGACUAAUGCUCUUUACAUGAUCAAGAAAAUCAUCAAUCAUAUGUUUAGUCCAAUUAGUCAUGCAACCAUCUCAAUUUCAUAUCCUUUUUUCCUUAAGCUUCCAUAUAUUGAUUUUCUGUCCAGCGAACUAUUAAUUGAACCAUAAUCAUCAAUAUUACGUUAGUGUUAACUUUGAGCUAACUUGACGAGUUAAAAAAAACAUUACAUAAUAACAAUACUUAAACUUCCAUCUUUAAUAUUAUUCAACUAAAUUACCCGCCCGAGAAUGGACUUUCAUCUAAAGUGAUUUACCAACAAAUAUAUAUAUAAUUUUUCUCAGUAGGCAAGGCUGAGAUAAGUUCAUUGGUUGAUUAAAACGGUGGUUUUGAAAAUUAUUUUCUAUUGGUUUGCCGCCAAAUUCAAAAGCUCAUCCCUCAACUGAAAAAACUGUCAUCCUUCAACACUUCUCAAUUAAAACCCCACUUCUCACUAUCUUUCUCUUCUUGGAAGACUCGUAGAGUUGCAGAGACUAUGAAACACUCCACCAUGGCCAGACCAAGAAACAUCAAAAGCUCCUUUUCAUCUCUAAACCCACCACCAUUCUUUGAUUUGCUUUCACUCACCAUUCUUGUUUCUUUCUUCUACCCCAAGAAAAUCCCCCGAACUCUAAACCCUUAUCUUUCUCUCUUCUUUCUGUCUGUCCUUACUUCUCUUGCUUUCUUGGGAAUCUCCACCAUUAAUUUUCUUUACUCAUCCCCAUUUUCAGACUCCUGUUCUCCAAAAUCCCCAAUUUCCUUCUCUUCAACGUCUUUGUCUUCUCAAUCUCGUCUUCUCCUCUCACUUCUCUCUCCAGUGGCUUCUUCAACCCACCAGGAAUUGCCCAAGUUGUCAACCGGUGUCAUUGUUCCAAUGCCAGCCCAUGGAGUUUCUUCCAAUCUCUCUUAUGAAGAAACAGAGUUUUGGAAACAACCUGAUGGAGAAGGCUAUAGGCCUUGCCUAGAUUUCAGCUUUGAAUAUAGGAAGGCAUCUGCCAAGAUCUCUAAAGAGAAGAGAAGAUUCUUGAUGGUGAUGGUUUCGGGUGGAUUGAAUCAGCAGAGAAACCAAAUUGCUGAUGCUGUUGUAAUUGCCAGGAUUCUUGAAGCUGCUUUGAUCGUCCCUGUUUUGAAGGUUAACCUCGUAUGGAAAGAUGAAAGGCAAGUGAUUUUUGUUACUUUUUCUCUGUUCUGUUCAUUUCUUUUUGUUUUUUUUCUGGGUGUUUCUAGAAAUGGGGUUUUGCUAAUUCUCAGUAAAUUCUCGGACAUUUUCGAUGUUGAACAUUUCAAGAAGACAUUACGAGCCGAUGUUCGAGUUGUGUCGUCUCUUCCAUUCAAGCAUUUCAAGUCAAAAGAGACCAAGAUUCCCCAUGAUAUUUCUCCUCAUUGGAUUCGUUCAAAAUUUUUAACACAGCUCUAUAAAGAAAGGGUUCUUGUACUAAGUGGGUUGGAUUCGAAACUCACCAAAAACCUUUCUUUUGACCUGCAAAAGCUCAAAUGUAAGGUCGCAUUCCAUGCACUAAAAUUUGCAGCUGCAAUUCAAGAGCUUGGAAACCAGCUAACUAGGAGAAUGUGGAUUGAGGGACCAUAUAUAGCCAUCCAUCUCCGCUUAGAGAAGGAUGUUUGGGUUAGAUCUGGUUGCCCUACUGGUUUAGGUUCGGAUUAUGACGCCAUCAUUGCCGAAACUCGGAAUUCUCAGCCCGAGUAUCUGACGGGAAGGAUAAACAUGAGUCACAUUCAGCGUAGACGUGCCGGAUUAUGCCCUCUAAACGCUUUGGAAAUUGCAAGGCUUCUAAAGGCUCUUGGAGCUCCAAAACAAGCAAGGAUUUACACUGCAGGGGGAGAGCCCUUUGGAGGAAAGAAGGCUUUGCAACCACUUAUUGCAGAAUUCCCAAAUAUUGUAACAAAGUACACAUUAUCAAGAGAAGGAGAGCUCUCACCCUUCAUCAACAAGUCAUCUGCCAUGGCUGCCAUUGAUUACAUUGUGUCCUUGAGCAGCGAUGUCUUCAUGCCGUCCCAUGGCGGAAACAUGGGUCGAGCUAUGCAGGGGCAUCGAGCAUAUGUGGGACAUAGAAAGUACAUAAAGCCGAACAAAAGAGCGAUGCUCGAAUACUUCGAUGAUGCAUCGAUAAGUGAAACAGAGCUAGGAACAAUAGUGAGGAAGCUGCAUAAAGGAUGUAUGGGGAAACCUGAGCGAAGAACAAAGAGGAAAGAUCGUGAUAUUAUUGCAUAUCCUAUGCCAGAAUGUAUGUGCCAAAGCUAACACUAAAACUGCUUCUCUUAUCAUUUAAAACCUUCAAUUCAAUUCAAUAAAACUGCAUUGUAAUUGUAACUCCAUCUUGGAAUGCUAAUCAAUGCAACUUCUCUAUUUUCGAAGGCCAA